CCUGUGGAAUAAGACAUUUAAGUGAUCCUGUAUCCUGACACUACUCUUGCUGUGGACAAUUAAAAAUUCAUCUUUUUGUCUUGAAAAGCGAGACGUGUGGCAUAUUUCUGCCAGCUCGGACGUUCUCAGGAGAAGCUUUUAUUUCUGACUGAGCGUUUAUUUCACUGUUUGUGACUCUCCAGUGAGCCAGCUGAACCGGGUGAAAUUACACCUCCAGGAGUUUUUCUUUUUCUGUCAACUUACUCAAAAGAGUCACCAUGGCAGAGACGUCGGCAGCUCCGGCCAAAGCCAAGAAGGCAGCCAAGCCCAAGAAACCUGCUUCUCAUCCCAAGUACUCAGACAUGAUUAAAGCGGCAAUCGUUCACGACGCCAGCCGAAGUGGAGCUUCCCGUCAGUCCAUCCAGAAGUACGUCAGGAAGAACUACAAGGUGGGCGACAACGCCGAUGUCCAGAUUAAAAUGGCCCUGAAGAGGUUGGUGGCAUCCGGGAUGCUGCGCCACACCAAAGGCAUCGGCGCGUCCGGAUCCUUCAGACUGACCAAACCUGAAGACUCCAAAAAGUCCACCAAGGCUGUGGCGUCCGCCAAACCAAAGAAGGCGGCGAAGCCCGCAAAACCCAAGAAGGCUGCUAAGCCCAAGAAGGUGUCAAAGACGCCGGAAAAACCCAAGAAAGCAGCUGCAAAGAAAGUGAAGAAGGUUGUGAAAAAGGCCACACCAACUAAAGCCAAAAAGGCACCAGCAAAGAAAGCCAGGCCAGCCAAACCCAAGGCAAAACCAGCAAAGAAGGCAGCAAAGCCCAAGGCAAAGACACCCAAAAAGGCAGCCAAAACAGGAAAAAAGAAGUAAAGGACAAUAUGAGAAAGACUGUAAAUACUUAAGGACAUGUUUUCGUAUAUGUAUUAUUUUUGUAAAGUCUCAUGCAAACUUAUGGUGUUUUUAACCAGUAGUUUCCUCUCCAUUGCACUAUAUAGCCUAAAGAUGCUGUAGAGAUCAUUGUGAGCGUUUUUAUUUGGCGUUAAUAAUAUUGUUGAUUUCUGUCUGAUCCUUGGUCUCGCUGAAAAGGAAAAACAUGUAAAUAGGCCUACUGUUUAACUAUUGAAUAGUUAUUGUUAGUGCACGGGGUCAUACUGAAAAUACAAAUAUUUCAAUGGCGAGCAUUGUUGAGCCUUUACAAUGUACGGGCAGUGGACGUCAGCAAUAUUUUCCUAAAGGCUCUAUAGUUGACAUUCAAGCGCCAUUCUGUAUAUUUUCUCACGUUCAAAAAGACUCAUACAAACAUCCCACUGUGUUCAGUCACUUUUGAAGACUGUUUAUACUGUAAUUCAAUAAAACUUUGUCAUCUUCUACAAAA